AUGACUGACUUUAUGUCUGGACAAAGUUGUGUGGAUGAUCAAGUUGGAGGACGAACGGAGCGUACGUGUGGCCCGUGUUUAAAAAAGGACAAAAGAACAACAGCGAAAGUGUUUUGCAAUACUUGUUUACAGUAUCAAUGUUCAGAAUGUGCCACUGUUCACGAGAAGUUUUCUUUCAUGUCAGGUCACGAUAUUGAACCAGUUGGCGACGAAAAGCAAGAUGGACGUAGACAAGACGAUGAUGAUUUAGCAUCUGGUUCAACCGAUGCAUUGGAGUCACUUACCUUAUCAAGUGAUUUCGAAAGCUCAUUUACAGACGUUACUCCUAUGGACAUGACUGGGCUGGAUGCGUGUGAAAACCAUCGCAAACUGUUUGAAAUAUACUGUAAGGAUCAUGACAAACUGUGUUGCUCCUUGUGUGCUAUCGAGUUUCAUAAAUCAUGCAAAGAAGUAAAAGCUAUAGAUAAAUACGUUAGAGAUGUCAACUUUGAACCUUCAGAUCUUCUUGUUGAAAUGAUGGCAGCGUGUUCCACUGCGGCAGCUCUACAGAAACGUUACAAACACAGUCGAGAAAGUAUUGAACGGAACAAAAAAGAAAUUCCAGAGGUAAUGAAAAAGAUACAGGAGUGUACAACUACACAUAUCAAUAAUAUGCAGACUGAAGUAAUGGCAGAGGCAUUUAAAGAAAAAUCUAAAUUUCUGGGCGAGCUUGAAGAAAAACAGAAAAUAUGUGAUAAGAUGUUACAAGAACUGGAUGAAUUGUUGCAAGCAUUUAAGAAAGUGGUCGAAAGUGGCUCUGUAGAAAUGAUUUUCAUUGCAUAUCAUAAAAUCCAAACAGUUCUGAAGCAAUUUGAAAAAGAAACUAAAAAGAUAGACUCUGAACUGUUUGAUGUUGAUGUAUGCCUUCAAUUUGACGAUCAACUUUCAACCCUGCUGAAUACGACUGAUGAUUUUGUGACUGUACAUAUUGAUAAGUCUAUUUCCGAAGGUGGGCCCCUCCCCGUUAUAAGGCCACUCAAGCAAACUCACAUUUUGACGUCCGAUGCCAAACAAGACGCCGGUCUCAAAGGGAGUGCCUCCUAUGUUGCUAUGGAUUUUCUUCGGGAUGGAAAACUCAUCGCUGCUGAAUCUAUAAAUAAUGUUUGCGUCAUAUUUGAUGACAAACUGGUCAAACUUGAAACUUGCAAACUUGAGUGCACACCUCAGGGACUUGCCGUGCUUUCAAACAAUACCUUUGCAAUAUCUGGAUCACUGUCGGGCUUAUUCUCGCGUUCGAGAUAUCUUCAAAUAUAUGAGAUUGACACAAACAGCAAAAUUACUAUGACAAAAUCUCAUACGAUUAAUGACGACUUCGGUCAAAUCUGGUGUAUGAACAUUGAAACGAUUCUGGCUGUGACUGUCGGAGACAAGCGUGUUGUCAGGAAGUUUGAUUUACAAAAUGGUUCCACGACUGACUUGAAGUUUCCUUUAAAUGAUAAGAAAUAUGAAAAGGAAAAUUGCGCCAUCGCAUACCUGAACACCCGAGAUACAAUUGUUUUGUCAGACAAGGCUGAAGACGCUGUGCUUUAUUUCAACAUGCAGGGAAAAGCUACGGAAACUAAAACUGUGAAAGACGGUGCAAUCAAGGGACCAACUGGGUUAUGUGUCGGUCCUCUUGAAUGCAUUUUCGUCUGCAGUGCACACAACAUCAUUGUGCAAAUAUCACCAACCGCCAGAGUUAUUUGCUACUAUCCGCUUCACGUGCAGCUACCGACUGCCAUCAGUGCUACAAAGGAUUGCAAGAAAAUGGUCGUGUUUGGUGGAACGAAUGAGGAGAAAAAAAUCCAGUUGUUCAGCUUGGAAUGA